UCACUUUGGCCUGCUCAAGACCAAUCUGGCAUAAAGAUACAGCUCCGAGGUAAUUAUGGAUCUGAUCAAUUCUACUGAUUACCUGAUCAAUGCCUCUACUUUAGUAAGAAACAGCACUCAGUUUCUAGCUCCUGCAUCAAAAAUGAUUAUUGCCCUUUCUUUGUACAUUUCAUCUGUAAUUGGUACCAUCACCAAUGGCCUCUAUCUAUGGAUGCUAAGAUUCAAGAUGAAACAGACUGUCAAUACUCUCUUAUAUUUUCAUCUCAUUUUCUCAUAUUUUAUUUCAACAUUGAUUCUGCCAUUUAUGGCCACUUCCCAACUUCAGGACAAUCACUGGAACUUUGGAACUGCCUUGUGCAAGGUCUUCAAUGGCACUUUGUCUCUGGGGAUGUUCACCUCUGUUUUCUUCCUUUCGGCCAUCAGUCUUGAUCGUUACCUUCUCACUCUUCACCCAGUGUGGUCCCAGCAGCACCGAACCCCACGCUGGGCUUCCGGCAUUGUCCUAGGAGUCUGGAUCUCAGCCGCUGCCCUCAGCAUCCCGUAUUUGAUUUUCAGAGAGACACAUCAUGACCGUGAAGGAAAGGUGACUUGCCGAAAUAACUAUGCUGUGUCUAGUAACUGGGAAAGCAAGGAGAUGCAAGCAUUAAGGCAGUGGAUUCAUGUAGCCUGUUUCAUCAGCCGCUUCUUCCUGGGCUUUCUUCUGCCUUUCUUCAUCAUCAUCUUUUGUUAUGAAAGAGUAGCCAGCAAGGUGAAAGAGAGGGGCCUGUUUAAAUCCAGCAAGCCCUUCAAAGUUAUGAUGACUGCCAUUGUCUCUUUCUUUGUGUGUUGGAUGCCCUAUCAUAUAUACCAGGGUUUACUCCUCACUAAGAACCAGUCACUACUUUUAGAGUUGACUCUGAUACUUACAGUGCUAACCACUUCUUUCAAUACUAUCUUUUCUCCCACACUCUACUUAUUUACUGGGGAGAACUUCAAAAACGUCUUCAAGAAGUCCAUUCUUGCUCUGUUUGAGUCAACAUUUAGUGAGGAUUCUUCUGCAGAAAGGACGCAAAACCUAAACUCAGAAGCCUAAAUUUAA